AUGGCAACAGGAGUUUGUACAGAUCACAAUUGUGCAGCAGGACAGAAAUGUGUUACGGAUGAUAAUGGCGGAUAUACGUGUAUGACUGCAUACUGUGAUGAUUUGUUGCCAGAUAUAUAUAAAGCUGUUAGCAUAGAGACAUUUGGCUUAUAUAAAAAUCUUGGCACUGGAAAUAAAUUUAAAUGUAAUGAAGGGUUUGCUUUGGUAGGACGUCCAUUUGCUGUAUGUACGGACUACGGAGAAUGGAAAAUUUUGUUUUGUUGUAUAGAACAAGCUCUAUAUCCACCACAUGGCUGUGCUGAAAUACCAAGCCGCUGUGGGUCCGGGGUUUACAGAAUUCAUCCAACGACAUCUGCAAAGUUCGAUGUCUAUUGUGAAAUGGACACAGAUAAUGGUGGUUGGACAGUGAUCCAAAGGAGAUUAGACGGUAGUACAGACUUUUACAGAGGAUGGACCGCUUAUGAGGACGGAUUUGGGAAUCUUACACAUGAGUUUUGGCUAGGAAAUGCAAAAAUUCACAAAAUAGUUUCAAGUGGUGAUUAUCAACUACGAGUAGAUUUGGAAGAUUUUGAAGGAAAUGCGUUCUUGCUGUUAAGAAACUCAGAUGAUGGAGACAGUCUGUCAUACCAUACAGGAAAUAUGUUUUCUACACACGACAGAGAUAAUGACAAAUAUCCUACCAGUUGUGCAGUUAAUUUUAAAGGAGCAUGGUGGUACCAGAACUGUCACCUUUCAAAUCUAAACGGGGCGUACUUAUCAGGGGGAAUGGGCUCUUAUGCUGAUGGAGUCAUAUGGAAAAAGUGGAAAGGAUAUUACUAUUCUCUAAAAUCAACAAAACUAAUGAUAAAGAAAUUGUAAACGACCAGCGUGAUAACACAUACUUUCUAUAGCAACAUUGACUUUAGUUUUAAUGUCCUCACUUGAAAUAUUUGAAAACAAAAUUAGUAGAUUCGAAUUUCGUCUACAGAAGACUCAUUAGUGACGCUCGAAUCAAAAAAGUUAGAUAGGCAUAAAUAAAGUACGAAGUUGAAGAGCACUGUUAAAGAGGCAACGGAAUUCCUCCAUCAAAAGAAAAUCAACAACAGGCAAAGAAGGGCGUCCUAGUUUGGUAUAAAUAUGGAUGUCAGACAUUAUAAUAUAAUAUCAAUGAAAAAAGGGGCCAAUGACCACCUUUCGUUUUUGAGUUAGUGAGAGCAAGUUGAAGUGGAUUCUUUUUAUGUUUGAAUUUCUCUAAUGUUUACAGAGAAUGUGUCGUUUAA